CCCAACAUUUAGGUUAGGGCAAAAUUUAAGUACGGAAAUAUAAUAUUUUCUUAAACGUAAGCAAUUGGGCAAUUUUGGACGAAACCCUAAAAAAUAGAAGAUUCAUCGUCAUCCCCAAUCGAGGGUUUCAAGUGUGAAGAACCGAAGCUUUAUCACCAUCAUCAUCAUCUCAUUCAGUUCGCCAAAACCCUGUUUUCAAUUUAGCAGUAUAAACUGCAACGAAGUAGAAAUCUUAUUCCUUUACCUAAUCGGCGGCGGAAUCCGGUGGAAUGGGGAGAGAACUCCAAAAGCAACCUCAGCAAGAGAUGGCCUCCGCCGUGGAGCAGUUGCUCGCCGUGAAUCCUUACAAUCCCGACAUUCUCCCCGAUCUCGAAAACUACGUAAACGAGCAGGUCUCGUCAGAAACGUACAGUUUAGAUGCCAAUCUAUGCCUUCUUCGUCUCUACCAGUUCGAGCCAGAGAGAAUGAGCACCCAAAUUGUGGCUCGCAUUCUGGUGAAGGCUCUGAUGGCAAUGCCGGCUCCGGAUUUCAGCCUGUGUCUCUUUUUAAUUCCAGAACGUGUGCAAAUGGAGGAUCAAUUCAAGACUUUGAUUAUACUUUCCCACUAUUUGGAGACUGGAAAGUUCCGUCAAUUCUGGGAUGAAGCUGCCAAGAACCGUCACAUAGUUGAAGCUGUGCCAGGUUUUGAGCAAGCAAUUCAAGCUUAUGCUGUCCAUGUUCUUUCCUUAACGUAUCAAAAGGUUCCUAGAUCUGUGCUUGCGGAGGCAAUCAAUAUCGAGGGCCUGUCGUUGGACAAAUUCCUUGAGCACCAAGUUGCAAACUCUGGCUGGAUUCUUGAGAAAGGUGGGAAGGGCCAACUUAUUGUUAUACCACCCAACGAAUUCAACCAUCCUGAACUGAAAAAGAAAUCCUCCGAUAGCAUUCCCUUGGAUCACAUUACUCGCAUCUUUCCGAUCCUUGGCUAACUAACCCGGUCACCGGUAACUAAUGUUGUUACAUCUAUACAUUCCGAAUUUGUUCGCGUUCCUUUCUUUUUUGGGACUACUGUGAGGCUGCUGCUAUAUUAUUGUCCAAUUUUCCAUCUAUGCCAUAGAAUGAAGAGAUUACCUCGUAGGGCAGUUAGUCUGAUGUUUAUAUUUUGUACUUCAAUCAUAACAUUUUAUGGUCAUAAGGUCAUGAAGGGCAUACUGAGGUGAUGAGACGAGGCGCUUUGUAUGUAGCGUAUGGCUCUCCUAAUUUUGAGAAGUGUUUUUGCAUAAAAUUAUUAUUGUUUGUUC